AUAUUUGCUUUGGGCUAUCGUACCGAUUUUCAAUUAAUUAUUUACGUAGAAUGUUUCUACAGAUUUCUAAAACCAUUUCGCGAUACGGUGCGCCGUUCGCACACCGUAGCCUCAAUUCGUGACUCAAUUCACCCUUUUUUGUGUAUUGAACUGAACAGUUUUUAAAGUUUAAUCCUUGCCUUGCGGAUAUUGUAUAAUCCGGUUUGUCGGGGAAGCCAAGGAAUCUAAGAAGAUUGUCAGUAUACAUGCCAUCAUGACUCAAAAGAUCCAAUCAGACUCGGACAUGAAACACAAGCUAUGGUUAGUUGUAUUACCGUUAAGGACGCAUAGGAUGACUGUUCGAUGCGGAAACGGGUUUCGUUGCGGCGUUGAGAGCAUAUCUGUCUUCUCAGAUCAAUUGGAAAGACAGGAAGCAUCCUAGUCAUCAAGAGAUACAACGUUAUUUGUUAUGAUUGCAACAGGUUAUUCCCC